CCGGAAGUGAAGUGGACUGCAAGCCGAUGCUUUGCCAGAGAGGCGCCAAAAUUGGAUGGUUCCGUCGCAUGUGACUGCAACCUAACCAACUAAGAAAGUAAGAACAACAUCCAAAUGUCUGGAGACACAAAACUUCAGGUUAGACAGCUAGUCUGGGAAGUCCAGAACACUCUCUCUACAUCUAAGAACCCCUCAGAAGUCUCACAAGGUCUUCUAAGACUCUCAGUGCUUCUUCCUCAUGACAAAACUUCCAAAAACCAAGACUUUCCGGACUCGGAACUUCCUGAAGCAAGGAAGGAGUUUUCACUGCAUCACUAUGUGAGUUUCCUGGAGUUUUUGAUCAGUAAGCUGUCGGUUGAUUGGUUGGGAAGGUUGGGAGAAGAGAGAGGAAGAGAACUGCUUGACCGCUUCUUUCUGGAUGGAGUACACCAGGAUGCUUUCAUUGUGCUCACCUCUGCUGUUCAGAAUACAAGCCCAAGCUACAAACAAGACAAGUGCGUCUCUCUACUGGAGCAGUUUCUCACACAGAACAAGAUGACAUCCAUGUUCUGGGAGCAGUGCAAUACCAUAGCUACAGGUCACAUGAUCCAGACCAACCAAUCAGACAGCAGGAGGCAACCGAGGGUGCACAAUGCAUUGUGGGAGGAGCUGGUGACGAUUUUGGCGACCCUUCCAGACAGGAUGGCCAACAAAUUACAGCAGCGAAAUCGUCCUGCCUUUUCUCCAGAGCAGUAUUUCCAGUCUCUCGCUCUGAGCAUGUGGGAGACUUUGGAGAAAGUUUACAGUGCUAUCAAAGCUUCCCAGGACUGUUCCAUGGCCUUUCUGCAGCUGUUGUUGGGGAAACUGUGUCUUCAGGGGCAUGCAGGUCUAGUUUUGGGAGUCCUGCUACCCAAACUAACCAGACAGACACGUCAGGACUUCGUGUGGCAGCGGGUCAGCUGUCUACUCCUCACAGGUGUGCAGGACAGGUGUGUGGAGAGCCUGGUGGUGCAGCUGCUCACACAGGUGUCAUGUGCUCAAACAGGUGUCAUGGUGAGUACACAGGUGUGCAGGACAGGUGUGUGGAGAGCCUGGUGGUGCACCUGGUCACACAGGUGUCAUGGUGAGUACACAGGUGUGCAGGACAGGUGUGUGGAGAGCCUGGUGGUGCACCUGGUCACACAGGUGUCAUGGUAUGGCACCCUGUCCAGACUUUUGGGAGAUGGAGUCCUCAGGAGUCAGAAGCUGAAGUACAUCCUAACGCACAAGUGUCUCCUCAUCAGGCAUUAUGAACAGGAUCGAGUGGUACAGAAUAUUAUGGGCUACCUGGCAGACUCACCAACCAGGAGACACCUUCUUAUUGAGACAUUAGUGAAAGUGUUAGAAGUCUGGAGUGACUCCAGUGCCAUCAAACACACCUCCUAUGACCAGCAUGCGUACCUGUCUAAAGCCAUACUGGCAGGACUCUCACAUCUCAACAGCAAGGAAAAACAGGAACACAAGCAAGACUUCAUUAGAAGACUUCUGGAGGGAGUACAGCAUCACAUAGACAGUCCUGUCAUUAAGAUUCGUCGUCUGGGCAUGAUUGUGGCAGAAAGUGUGACAAAGAUGGUGGAUCCUGAUGGACAGAAACUCAAAUUCGAGUAUGAGGAAGACGAGGAAACUUCAAGACUACUUUCUCUCCUCAUGCCUCCUUCUGACCCUGGAGAUGAACUUGAAGGAGAUAUGGAAACAGAAGAAGUCUUGAUGAGUAAAACCUCACUGCCACAGAAGGAGGGUACUACCAGAACAUCUGGUCAGGAAGGGAAGGUGACAUCAUCUCAAAGCAAGGAGGGUUCUGACUCUGAGUUAGACAGUGAUGAUGACCUUGAGCCAUAUGACAUGCCAGAAGACACUAAGAUGUCCAAGGUCAAGUCACCUGUCUACAUCAGAGACUGUCUCGAUGGUCUCAUAGCCAAUGAGGAUGCAGACAGAGUUGAGGCAUGUCUCUCUGUGUGUGAACAACUGGUGAGAAGACAACCUGACAACUUAGAAGAGGUCUGUGUGGAACUGGUGAAAAUUCUGCUGCAUCUACAGAACAGUUUUGCUAUCCCAGAAUUUACCAGGCUCAGAAGAAGCGCCAUGGUGGCCACAACGGUCUUCUGUCCUUUGCAGGUUUCUCAGUAUCUUACCAGUGAGUUCUACGCACCAAACUACACUAUAAUUCAAAGGCUGGAUAUGUUAGAGGUUUUAGUUGGUGCAGCCCAAGAACUUUCACAGCCAAUGGAACAGAAGAAGGCCACGAGACCAGAACCUCUGGUACAGCUACUCCCUACCCCUGAUGAUCAGUCUAGGGAACCCCAACACUGGAGGGAAGUUGUACAGAAGAGGAUAGAGAAGAAGACCAGGAGAUUUGCAAAGGGAGCCAGCAAGCCUGACCCAACACCAGUACCAAACAAGUUCCACACUGUGGCUGGGCACUUCUUUUUCCCACUUCUCAAGAACUAUGACAGUCGUCAGAACACCCUGGACAUGUUAGGAGAGGAUACCCUGGUGCUUGGUAGACUGGUGUACUCAUUAGGGGCAAUACUGUAUGCUGCUGCAAACACUAUGGUUGCAAGACAAAUGUCCAAAACUCUACUUGAGUUUGUCUGGGUACUACGCUUCCACACAGAACCGUAUGUCAGGCAAUCGUUAUUGUUUGCUGUUUCCAUGGUGAUCCUGAGUGUCCCCGCCCAUGUCUUGACCUCUGACCUCCAGGAGGAGAUAUUUGAAGGACAGCAAUGGCUACAAGAUGUGUUGGAGAAAGACACUGAUGCAGAAUGCCAGAAACUGGCAGUGCAGACUCUGAUGUUGCUGCAGAACACACUCCAACAGGAGUUGGGUGGAGGAAAUACUCAGCAAUAGCUACAAGUACCAUAUAAGCAACUGGUGGAGAAGAGUAUACAAACUUUUUAAGAUGGAUACCAUUCUCC